AUGACUGAAGAAACUGUCCCACUUAUACCUUUAAGUGAUCAUGAUAAUAAAGGAGAAGGAUCUAAUCAAACUGCUUCACCAUCUAAUAAACACUCAAAAAAACAAAUAUCAGAACGCAUCCCCAAAAAAGAUUCUGUACUGCUUGAUAAUAAAAAUGCUGGUGCUGAAUGUUUAGUUAAAAAAACAGAUGAACAGCUUUAUGGAAAGGUCUAUUCAAGUGGAAACUCAACAAGUAAUCUCAUUGCGCAUCUUGCUGGAUCAUAUCAAAUUACUGAAAAUACAAAUGUAAAGCUUCAUCUGUGUAAUGCAAUGGAAUUAUAUUGGAAUAAAGAAGAGAAAGGGGUUCUUAUUUUAGCAAUACUUGAUUCUAGGAUUAAGUGUCUUGGAUUUGUUGAUGAAGAAAUUCGUAAUAAAACAAAAGAUCUAUUAAAAAGCAAAUACGAUCAGCUUAAAGCUGAUUUUUUAUCAACAAUGCCUACCAUUCUACUACCUAGCAAAUCCUCUUUAUUUUCAAUCUUUAAAUAA